GUCAGAAGUUGUGCAUGUCAGUGUGACAGCCGUGCCGUGAGUGAGGUUGUCUGAAAUGAUUUAUAUGAUGUGGAGCUGUCUUCUUUGAUUGUUUUGGGAAAGAUCAGACAGGGUCGCGUUUAAAGCACACUGAUUUGAAGUAACGUUACAGAAGGAGACUUGCUAAGGAAAAUCAUAGAAGAGUGGCCAAGAUUCUGAAGUGGAUGUCAAUGAACUGCCAGUCAAGAAAAAAACCCUGAGUUGAUCUCUCACAGGCCAGAGCAUUGUAUUAAAAAAGUAUAGCCAGUGUGCAGUUAGAUGCAGCUCAACCUCUGUGUUUGCAAAUGGCUUGCUGUCUGAAGGAUGAGCUCCUGUGUUCCAUCUGUCUGAGUAUCUACCAGGACCCUGUCAGUUUCGGCUGUGAGCACUAUUUCUGUCGAAAGUGCAUCACUGAGCACUGGAGCAGACAGGAGCCCCAUGGUGUACGAGACUGUCCUGAGUGCAGGAGGACCUUCGCAGACCCUCUUCUCUCCCCAAGCCUCAAGCUGUCCAACAUCGUGGAACGCUACUCAGCCUUCCCGCUGGAUGCAAUCCUCAACGCGCAGAGGAGUUCCUAUCCCUGCAAGGACCACGAGAAGGUCAAGCUUUUCUGCCUUAGCGACAAGAGCCUGGUGUGCUUCUUCUGUGACGAGCCAGCCUUACACGAGCAGCACCAGGUCACCACUAUUGACGAGGCCUACGAGGAGAUACAGAGGGAGAUGAAGGAGCAGCUGGCCACUCUGCGGGACAGUGAGAAGGGACACACAGAGGCCCUGCAGCUACUGCAGAGACAACUCACUGAGACCAAGUCGUCGGCCAAGGGCCUGCGUGCGACCAUCGGCGAGGCAUUUGAACGUCUGCAGCGGUUCCUGCGAGAGCGCCAGAAGGCCAUGCUGGAGGAGCUGGAGACGGACACGGCGCGCACGCUCUCCGACAUCGAGCACAAGAUCCAGCGCUUCAGCCAGCAGCUGCGUGACGUCAAGGAGGGCGUCGGCAUCCUGCAGGAGCGUCUCAACGAGACGGGACGCCACGACUUCCUGGAGGGCGUGGCCCUCACCUCCGAGAGGUGCUCUGCUUACUGUCUGACUGACCUUGGAUCAGCUCUUCUUCCAAAAAGCCACAGUCCUAAACUUUUGAUAAAAGGAAAGAUACAUGAGACCAAUCUAACAUAUGAAGAUUUCCCGACCUCCAAGUACAUGGGGCCCCUGCAGUACACAAUAUGGAAGUCUCUAUUUCAGGAUAUUUCACCAGUGCCAGCAGCUUUGACCUUAGACCCCAUCACAGCCCACCAUAGACUCAUCCUAUCAGAUGACUGCACCAUUGUAGCCUAUGGUAACCUGCACCCCCAGCCCCUGCAGGACUCCCCGCGGCGCUUCGACGUCGAGGUGUCUGUGCUGGGGGCCGAGGGCUUUGGCUCGGGGGUGCAUUACUGGGAGGUGAUGGUGUCGGAGAAGACCCAGUGGAUGAUCGGCGUGGCCAACGAGACGGUCAGCCGCAAGGGCAGCAUCCAGAUCCAACCCAGCCGCGGCUUCUACUGCAUCGUCAUGCACGACGGCAACCAGUACAGCGCCUGCACCGAGCCCUGGACCCGCCUCAACGUCAAGAGCAAGCUGGAGAAGGUGGGCGUGUACCUGGACUACCCCAAGGGCCUGCUGGUGUUCUACAAUGCUGACGACAUGUCCUGGCUGUACACCUACCGGGAGAAGACGUUCCCGGCCAAGCUCUGCCCCUACUUCAGCCCCGGGCAGAGCCACGCCAACGGCAAGAACGUCCAGCCGCUAAGAAUCAACACUGUGCGUCUAUAAGAACCACACACAGGGUCACUCUACAGAUCAGAUCACACACCUCAACCCUCCCUGAGGAUAGGGUACCAACGAUGAUAUAACUAAGAUCCUAAAGACAGCUUGUUUUAAAAUUUUUAGAAAAAAAAACAGGGGUAUGACUAUGAAAUGUGGAUUUCUUCCGGGCUGGUGUCCUGUCCGGGUCGCUGUUUUUCCUUGCCUGUCGGUGUGGCUCCUCAUUGAUCUCACCAGGGAGGGACUAUGUGGACAUUGCUGCGGCAUCAUGGUUUCAACUGGAGCCCUGGUCAGCUUCUACAGUGGUGUAAGGAGAGAGAGACCCCCAAGCCCCUCUGGGCUUUACUCUGUCUGCAUAGAUGUCAUCCCACCGUGGUUUAGUAGUGGUAUCUCUGUACUGUGACUGUCUGAGGCCCACCUUGCACAGGCCCAAGGGCUCUGCUCUCCUUACAAGGCUCCAGACGGCUGCUCCGUCUGUCUCUCUCAGCAGCCAGACAUUUGACACUGGUGGUCACCUUUCUUUCUUUUGGCUUGUUUGUGGAAUGUGUCUGACAACACUCUGCUCCUUUUCCUUUGGCACAGUUAGCAGUUGUGAGCUUGUGAGUGAAAGCCUGUCGUCAUGGCAGUGAGUGCUGUUCCAUGUCCUUCUGUGUACCUGUACCCUUUACUGAUGGAAAUGAUGUUGCAGCUCUUGAUUCCUGUCCCUCAGGUCACACGUCCAGUUUUCCAUCGUCGACAGUGUCAGUCAGUCCAAGUGCUGGACAUGGCUGAUACUCAUGAUUUGUAAUGGCAGCCUCAUGGUCCGUGUGCUCUAGUGAUGGUCACUCUGUGCAUGGUCACUAGUGGUGUUUGCCGUCCUCACCCUUCCCUCGUUUCCCUACACCUCUCCCUCUCUGUUCCCUCUCUCAGCACACCUACCUCCUGUGAGCGAUGUUGGGGUGCUUGGAGAGGUGGGUCUGAGAAUGUGCUGCUAUGAGAGUGAGGACAUGUUGCGUGUUUCGCGCCUGGCCUCUCUCCUCUCCCCACCGGGUGGUUUCUGUUGGGUUCUUCCACUCCAGCAUGAGAGCUCUACUCUACCUGUCAUGUACCUAUGUUUUCACAUAUUUUGUUACCUUUAUUUUAGCAGGUUAGUCUCAUUGAGAUUAACAAUCUCUUUUACAAGAGAGACCUGGCCAAAAUAGCAGCACACAAAGUUGCAGACACAUUUACAACAUAAAACAAAAAGCACUACAGUUUAAAAAACAUCAAUUUACACAUUGAACAACAAGAUGGUUUGGGAAAGUGUGGUGCAACUAGGGGUCAAAACAUUGGUCAAAACAAAAUGGUAGCUGUCUCAAUAUGGUCUUUUAAAUAAAAAUGUACCAAUGAUUUAACCCUUGGUAAAAUAAGGGUUAAAUACAAAAUCAAAAUAAAAGAAGAGCUAAGGAAGGCCAGCCCACUCUCAUAUAGAGGUUACAGUGAUGAGUGAGGGCUUUGGAGUUCGUAACAACACUCAGCACCCCAUGGUACACAGGGUCCCGCAUACGUAAUGACGCAACAGGGGCAUACAUGUACAAAAUAUCACCAUCAUUAAUUACAGGCACGAAAGUAGCGGAAAAUAGCCUCUUUCUCGUGUCAAAAGAAAAACAUGACUUAUUACAAAAAUAUAAACCCAACUUGAGCCUAAGCUUUUUCACAAGACCUUCGAUGUGGGGUUUAAAGGUGUCACUCAUCUAUCAAGAAACCCAAGUACUUGUAAGUUUAUACUCUUUCUAUUUGCUUGUCCUGUGUAGUGACUAUACGUGGACGAGUCUGAGGUUUCAACUUAGAUUUUGUCUUUUCAGCAUUUAAAAGCAACUUCAGCUGACAGAGCUGAGUCUGGACAAUAGUAAAGGCAGACUGCAGCUCUUCAAAGGCCUUAUUCAGUGUUACUGCACAAAAAUAAACAACUGUCAUCAACAUAAAAAUGAAAACUAGCAUUUGACAAAUUUCUACCAACAUUAUUAAUAUAGAUAGUAAACAACAGUGGUCCAAGAACAGCUCCAUGUGGCGCCACCUUCUGGACGGUUAACAUAUCAGAUGACUUGCCAUCAAACUGGACUCACUGAGUUCUAUCUGACAGUUACCUUUUGAACCAUGAGACUGCCUGAUCAGAUAAUCCUAUCUCCUAUCCAAGUCUUUGCAACAUGUCAUGAUCAAUGGUGUCGAAUGCCUUCGACAGCUCGAUGAAAAGGGAGACAGUGCUGUUUCUUGUCCAUGGCAUCAAUAAUAUCAUUAACAACUUUUGUUGCUGCAGUAGAAGUGCCAUGCUGUUUUCUGAAACCUCAUUAAAACUUUGACACAGAAACCUCUGGUUAGCACGCGUACAUUCCUGAUUCCAUCUCCCUGCCUCCUCCCUCCCAUGAUGUCUCAUCAUCGCAACGUAGGUGUCAGAGGUUAAUCCGAAUAAAUGAAUCUUGACAUCUGCUAAAUUACAGUUGGCCUAUGGGGCAGAGACCACUUACGACUCGAGCAGCAUGGUGCUGCAAUUAAUGAGCUCUGGAAGGUUUUUAAGCAUUCUGUCAGUUUUUUUUUCUUCAAAUAUGUUGAAGAUAGUAAAUGCUAUGGACACCAAACGUUUUCUUUGUUUUAAAGAAAAUAAUAUGGUCAGUCUAAAUAUACUGAACAAAAAUAUAAACGCAACAUGCAACUAUUUCAUU